CAGGAGGUGUAUAGAACAGACCUGCUCGGGGUGUCAGAAAGCAGACAGAAAGCAGACAGAAAGCAGACAGAAAGCAGACAGAAAGCAGACAGAAAGCAGACAGAAAGCAGACAGAAAGCAGACAGAAAGCAGACAGCGCUCACUUUCCUUUCUCCGUGUUGUUGGUGUUGAGUUUUUGCGCGUCGUUUCUUCAGCUCCGUAUAACAAGCUAGAAGUUUGCAGGUCUGAAGCGUUUCUCCCAUCACACAGAGCCACCAUCACAUCAUGGAGCUGUCCACUGCUGCUGAUGCUGACAUUCCCGACCUUUACCCCGUCAUCCCGUACAAUGUCACCUUUCCGGACGAUGUGACAGCCUUCGUUCCGGAUGGACAAAACCAAACUGAACAAAACCCCACGAAAGGAACAGCGGGGAUGAUAAUAGCUGUGUCCAUUACUGCUCUCUACUCCAUCAUCUGCGUCGUGGGACUUCUCGGGAACAUCCUUGUGAUGUAUGGGGUGGUCAGAUACACCAAGAUGAAAACUGCCACAAAUAUCUACAUUUUUAACCUGGCUUUAGCUGAUGCCUUGGCCACGAGCACACUUCCCUUCCAGAGUGCUAAAUACCUAAUGAACACCUGGCCUUUUGGCGAGCCCCUGUGCAAGCUCGUCAUAGCCAUCGAUUACUACAACAUGUUCACUAGCAUUUUCACGCUGACCAUGAUGAGCGUUGAUCGCUACAUUGCUGUGUGCCACCCAGUCAGGGCGCUCGAGUUCCGCACUCCCGUCAAGGCCAAGUUUAUCAACGUGUGUAUUUGGAUUCUCUCAUCUGCCAUUGGAGUCCCCAUAAUGAUCAUGGCAGUUACCAAGGUGACAGAUCAAGGAAAAACAGUCUGCACUCUGAAGUUUCCAGAUCCUGACUGGUACUGGGACACAGUGACAAAAAUCUGUGUUUUCAUCUUUGCCUUUGUGGUGCCAGUUCUCGUCAUCACAAUCUGCUAUGGGUUGAUGAUCCUUCGCCUUCGCAGUGUUCGGCUUCUCUCUGGUUCCAAGGAGAAGGACAGGAACAUGCGUCGCAUCACUCGCAUGGUGCUAGUGGUGGUGGCAGCUUUUAUCAUCUGCUGGACCCCCAUUCACAUCUUCAUUAUUGUCAAAACUCUGGUGGAGAUCGAUCAGAGGAAUCCCUUUGUCAUUGCCAGCUGGCACCUGUGCAUUGCUCUUGGUUAUACCAACAGCAGUCUCAACCCCAUUCUUUAUGCCUUCCUAGAUGAGAAUUUCAAGCGGUGCUUCAGGGAGUUCUGCCUACCAUUCCGUACCAGGAUGGAACAAAACAGCAUUUCCAGAACCAGGAAUGUCAACCGGGAACCAGCAUCAGUUUGUGCUCCAUCCCAGGCAGGAAGGACACCGGUAUGACUAGGCCUGGAACGGAUCCCAUCAGGAUCCCGCUCACGAGUCCAACAAGACCUGCAGUCAGAGGUCACUCAGAUUACCACCACUGAAUUUUAGAAAUGAAUUUAGUACACUUCGUACACCAGAUAUAAAAGUUUCCAGAUAAUAAGAUUCGCAUACCAGAGUGAAUCCUAACUCUAACUAACUACUUAUUGCAACAGGCAGAUACUCACUGUAUUCUCACAGUGUAUGUCAAAAGAGAUGAGCUCAAUGGAUUUGAUCAAUCAUAGACCAUCAGUGGAUUGGCUAUGCCAUAAAAUACAGAUCGAUUGAUUUUUUAUUUUGGAACAGACUUUAUCCUGAGGCCAACACACAAAUCAUGCUCUAUCUUGCUGAAUGGAUUAUUUUGCACCGCCAACUAAAGACUGAAUAAAUCUGAAUAAGAUAAAGAAUUUAUAUUUUCUGAAGAAACCCAACACAUACAGAAUGUAAAUAAGCUUGCAUCAUUAAGAAAACAUUUCAAAUACUUGAACAAAACACUUGAGAUGAAGAAACAAUGUCACCGUUUUCUUGGAGGCCAAAAAGGAAUAGUCUGUGAUAUGAACAGAGACAAUAUGUGUCGAUGCGAUGUGUCAUCAUAUCUUUUUUGUACUGACCCUAACACAUUAAUGCUCUGCAGUACCACUCAUUAAGACUGAAGACAACCUGAAGGUAUCAUAACCUUAUAGUAACUAUUCAGUGUUUUUUUUUUUCAUUCUCAGAACAAUUACCUGGACUUUGUACAGUACAGCUCUACGGACUUGGUUACAACAUUGACUCUGACUGAAUCAGUAUAAUAUCAUGAACAUUUAUAUCUAGAAGGUAAAACAAUCCAGAAAUAAUGCAACAAAAUGGAAUAGAGUCACACAGUUGCAUUAGAUCAUUGGUGGUUUCCACUAAGGGCCGGUGUGGCUGCAGGUAUUAUUUUAUUUCAAGGAAGCAGGAGCCAAUGAUGAUUCUUCUGUUUACUCAGUAGAAUUUGAGCUAUACAGUCAGUCCAAAGCUGUAUGCCAAAGUAGUUGUAGUUGUCCAUAUUCUUACUAUUUAUCAAACAGUAGCUGACAAAUACAGAAUUUCCUACAGCAUCUGCAGUUUGAAAGCAAUGGAUAUUGCAUUAUAACAUUAGACAAUUGGACUGGUGCUGAAGAGAUAUGAGGUAUUAAACAUGGCUCCGUACAUUGAUAACUUGUUGAACGUUUAAGCUAGAUUUUCUUUAUUAUGUCAUCAUAGGACACAUGACAAUGCCAAUAUCGCAAAUGUAGGUUGUGUUCAUACUACACAAAUAUUCUAAUCAGUAUGUUUAAUGUUUCUAAGGCUGACCAGCAGGUAAUUACUAAGAUGCAGUAGCAUGUGUAUUCUGUAUGUUAUAGUGUUAUAGUACAUGAUUUUGGACACAGGCUCCAUUUACAGAUCAUUUGAAGUCAGGCUCUGAAUAAGAAUUAGAAUGAGUGAAAUAAAAACCUGCACUCACACCAGCCGAUUUUUGGAUUGUUUAUGCUAAUCUAAAUCUAAAAAAUAAAAAUAUUACAUAAAUUUGGUUAGAGGUAUCAUAGAUAGAAGUGAAUCAGCUUAAACGUUUUAAAAAUUUGUAGCAAUUAUUUCAUAAUUAAAUAGGGCAGCUUGCUAGGAAUGCCUCAUUAUGGCUCAAAUAAAUACCAUAAGCAAAACAAAACCUCUGUAGGAGUUUAGACAGUCAUCCCAGCAUCCCAGUAGUGUAUUUAACUAGUGCAGUAAGUAGUGCUUACAUCAGAAUAAAGGAACUUCCAUUGUAUAUAGUAUAGAGCAUAUUGCAUAUACACUGUGAAUAUGUGCACAUAGAUGCUUAAAGAGUAACAAUCAUAGCGAGGUUGCUUUAGCGUUACACUGAGCAGUAGAUACCAGGCUCUCUGUGCUUCUACAGAAAUACAUGUAAAGUGCCUAAAAAUCUGUAGUGAAAAUAUCUCCUUUGUUCUUUAUGAGCUGGAUGUUCUCCUUUGCUUGAAUGGAUAAAUGCUUCUAGCACUGUUUUUUUUUUAAUGAUUAUUAUUUAUGAAAUAACAUGUUUUGACAGCACUUGGUUGACACUGGUUGGAAUUUGCCCUGUCAGUUGUAAGAUGAAAUACUGUACAAACACUUCAAAAUAUUGUAUUUACUCCUCGACACUAACUCUGAUCCAUGUCCAUAUACAUAGACACUUACAUUUAUGGCAUUUUGCAAACAUUCUUAUCCAGAGCUCUCCAUGUUAGUUUGCUAACUUUCCAUGAUCUCGUCCUAGUUAUUCAAAGAUAGCUACAAAAAUGAAAUGGACAUAUUGAUUUGAUAUAACUGCCUAAAAUUAUUAUCGUCUAUUCAUUGGCUGAGCACAUAACCUGUUGCUGAACAUACUUUGAUCAGUAAGUGAUGCACUGCACAUCUGUGAAUUCUUGGGAUCUAUCCUAGCUUGAGUCUCAUGCUUUGUCAUGUAUACCUGUACAGUAUAUUCAAAGUGACAAGACACCAUUUAUUUUCAAUGAGAGCUUGAAACUUCCAGUGACAUAAGUGACAGCGAUCAUAGGCGACUUGAUGUGUGCAUGACGUGAAAAAGUUGAGAAAACUUUAUGCAAAUAUGAAGGGACUUGGUGAUGGGAGACUAAGAGAUUAGAGCACUAUGAUCCGUGACAAAGAGCAUACUCCACCAGAUCCUCCACCCACCGCUAACCGCCAAAACAACUAUGAAGUACAGUGCAAUACAGCACUGCUCAACUGGUCCCACCAUCUCAGGGUCAGAGGUUGGUAUACAGCAAGACCCUUAUCUGUUCUGGCACUAAGGUGGUGGACUGAACUUCCCCUAGAUGUCUGAAGAGCUGUGUAACUUGUAAUCUUCAACCAUGGGUGAAGACCUACCUUUUCCUGAAACACAAACUAAGGUCAUCAUAUACAGUAUCAUAUACAGUACAGUAUAUAUAAACCCUGAAAAAAGUUUUAGGUUGAUGGUAUCCUAAGUUUGUUACCUAGUGAACCAGUGUUAACGGAUUUUAUUGAUUAUUGAGACUUUUGUACUUUGCUCUGGAUAAGGAUGUCUGCCAAAUGCCAUUAAUGUAAAUGUAAACAUAGCCUAUGGCUCAAUCUUUAGUCAGUCGAGCAAUGGUUGAUUGUAUUUAGAACUGCAUGAGCAGGAAAUUAAUUAGCAUUCUGCCAUGCUGUGUUUCCAGUAGCACACACUCAUAUGAUCACAAGCUGGGGAUAAACACAGAACUGAGUUAAACCUUGUUAAAAAAAACAAAACACUUUUUUUUUUUAAACUUGUAUAUAUACAGUAGUUACUUUAAAAUAGUAUGAAUACAGUGUUUAGCAAGAUGGUUACCAUCUAUUCUUUGUUCCUUACUUCUAUUCACAUUUGAUUCAUUUUCAAUGCUGCAAAAUUGUUUUAAUGCAAAAUUGUGGAACUUAUAAUUGUGCGCCUGAACUAUACUUAUGGUUUCAAUAUUGUACCCAAUUUGCUCUUUUCCUUUUAAGGUAUAUCACAAUUUUCUGUGCAAUAUCCUGAGGCUAUUUACUUGUUUGUUUGUUUGUUUUUAUUUAAUUUAAUUUAUUCUGUUUUCACAUUCGGUUCACCAUCCUAAACAGUUUUUAUGGACCUCAAAUCAUAAUCAGAUGGUCUGUAAUUACUUAGUUGUUUUGAAAAUCACAACCAGCAUUAUUACGUAUUUUAUGUAUUCCAGAGGUCCAUAUUCUACUUUUAUUUCAAACCUUUAUCAUGGAGAUUUAGACGAGGUUUUUGUUUUGACAUUAUUAUUUCUGUUAUAUAAUUCUCAGUCACGACAGAAUAUGCUCAUCAGAAAACUGAGCUUUCAGAUUAAACCCAACCAACUUAUACGGCCCCACUGUUGCUAUAGCAACUAGCAACACAACAGAGCAAAAUACUCAGCAUUAGCUUAAGUGUUUUUAAUAAAGUGGAAAUGCUCAUGAAUACUGAAACUGACUGAAACUGGGUAUCUUAGAGGACAUCUUGUACAGUCAUGUAUAAUUAAUAAUGUGUGCUAGGGUGUGUAAAUAUAUUUAUAAAUAUUCAUGAGAGUUUUGAAUUGAAUUUUUACAGUGCAGACAGGCCUGUUGCAAACAAGUCACUCCAAAAUAAAAAGGCACGCUGUUUACCUUCAGAAAUACAUUUGUACGAGUUACGUUCAUAUUUAACUCCAAUUUUGGGAAGCUAAACCCAUUUUUCUACAUAAUACACUAAGAGUACACACUCAACUAAAUAACAUGAAGAGCGAUUGGAACACUGGGGAGAACUUUGCAGUAGCUAAUCAGUCCCCAAGUGCACAGCUAAAGAGAUAGUAGCUCAAAGUACAGUAGCUUGUGAGUCCAUGUGCUCAUUUUCCAUUAUCUAGAUAUACUGUAGAUAUAGUAUGCGUAGAUGGUGAUCUGGAAGUCCGUAGAGGCAGGACAAUAUCAAACUAAAAGACCUUCUUAAAGUUAAUCAGAGGCAGAUUUGUGUCUAGAGUGGGCAUCAGGUUAGCCUGGAAGCAAAGGAAAGAUAUGUUCACAAAUUAGACAAAGUCCAUUGUCCUUAUUUUCUGUAAAAGACUGUCCAAUUAUAAGCGUAUUAGAAUGACUCCACAUUUCUGUUCAAAGGAUAGCAUGGAUGAUAAGAUAUUAUCCUCAUGCAUUGAACCUGAAGAUUAGAGUGAGA